GCACACUUUGCAUCAAUCUGUCACACACGACCGAGAGAGAGAGCAAGCACUAGCUAGCGCUUCGUUCUGGCUAGCUAGCCUCCUCUAGGGACGAGGAGGGUUUAGCGAGGGUUCAUUGUUGUUUCACGUACACAGUCGUUGCUAGAUUGCUUGUUUGCAGCUAUAGCUGGUUCGAAGCUACAAGGGCCGCGCGCCGCCGAGAAAAAAAAGAACCGACGGCACCAUGAUCCCAGGAUCCGCCGUGUACCACGUGGUGGAGGCGAUGGCGCCGCUGUACACGUCGGCGGUGCUGGGCUACGCGUCCGUGCGGUGGCUCAAAGCCUUCUCCGACGAGCAGUGCGCGGGGAUCAACCACUUCGUGGCGCUGUACGCCGUGCCGGUGCUCAUCUUCCACAUGGUGUCCACCAACGACCCGUACCACAUGAACGAGCGCCUCAUCGCCGCCGACACGCUGCAGAAGGCCGUCGUGCUGCUGGCGCUCACGGCCUGGGCGUUCUGGUCCCACCUCAGCAGGCGCCGCGGAGGCCGAGGGAAGCGGCAGGUGGUUCAGGGAGCGGAGUCGCCGAUCAAGUGGGUGGUGACCAACUUCUCGGUGGCGUCGCUGCCCAACACCAUCAUCAUGGGCGUGCCGCUCCUGGACGGCAUGUACGGGCCCGUGUCGGGCGGGCUCAUGAAGCAGAUCGUCGUCAUGCAGUUCUGCAUCUGGUACAACGUCGUCAUCUUCCUCUACGAGUUCAUGGCGGCGCGGGACGGCAGCGCCAGGAUCAGCCCAGCCGUGCCGGCGACGGCGGGCGAGCGCGUCGUCGACGACGAAAACGGCGGAAGCAGUAGUGUCCAUCGUCAUGCCGCCGCCGACCGUAGCCACCACCACCACCAGGUGGUCGUCAACAUUGAGAUCACGGAGGUGGCGCCGGCGCCGGCGGCGGAGGCGGUCGUUGCGUCGUCGUUGAUGCCCGCGGCGGCCACGAAGGAGAUGAGCCCAGAGGACGAUGGAGAUGCUAACAAGCAGGUGGUGGUGGCCGUGGAUGUCCAGCCGCCGGUGAUGCACGUCGUCUGGAUGGCCACGAAGAAGCUUCUCCAGAUUCCGAACACCUAUGCCAGUUUCCUUGGCCUCAUCUGGUCUCUCAUGGCAUUCAAGAUUGGAUUCUCGAUGCCGAAGAUUGUUAGCGACUCUCUGUUCAUCAUCUACACAACCGCAGUUGGGCUGAGCAUGUUCGCUUCAGGGACGUUCAUAGCGCGGCAGUCACGGUUCGUGCCGUGCGGGUACACCGUCGCCUCGCUCUCCAUGCUCCUCAAGUUCCUGAUAGGCCCGGUCAUCAUGCUGAUCGCCUCGCUGGCCAUUGGAAUGCACGGCACCCUUCUGCACAUUGCUGUUGUACAGGCGGCUCUCCCCCUGGCCGUGACCUCAUUCGUGUACGCGGAGGAGUACAAGGUCCACGCCGACAUCAUGAGCACUGGGGUUAUUCUCGGGAUAUUUAUCUCGCUGCCCGUCACGAUUGUCUACUACAUACUGUUGGGCCUUUGAAAUUCUCAUGCUGAUUAGGAGAAGGUGCAUGCCCCGGCCCGUCGUCAUGUGCAAAAUCUGAAGCGGCCACGUGAAUUGGUGCCUACACAGCUCAGAUCGAUACGCACGUACGCAACCAUGCAAGGAAGAAUUAAAUGUUGCUGAUGCUACCAAAAAUUGUUUCAAUAAGAUUACAAUGUGCUAGCAGUAGAAAGUAGUCAAUACCUUAUAUACAAUCCAAAACAUCUCAAUGUAUAUAGCAGGCAUGUAAUUAAUAUGUAGAAGCAAACCGUGCUGCACAGCUUUAAGUUUAUGUUCAAAUAUUCCAUUGUACAACAAGAGAUACAAAAUAAGAAAAUCGAAGGAAUGUAUCAUUAUUGAC